UAAGGUACUGUAGUGUAAGAAAGAUGGAAGACAACUCCUGAAGCUAUUUUAGAUUAUGCCAAGAGCCACAUUGAAGCCAGGUACUCCUGACCCCAUUGUGCUUUUCUAGUUCCUUUAGACCUGCAGAUGACAAAAUCUUGCUCUUUGUACCCUAGCUAGUAUCCAGGCAUUUAUCUGAACUUGUUCAGUGAUUUUUUUUCAUUCAGCACAUGGUUGGAGUAACAGAUUUUUAAAUUAAAUAGUCCUGAAGAUUUACUGAGUUUUAAUAAAUUAGGUUUUUCCAAUCCAUGUCUGAAAAGCAAAAAUUUACUUUUAACAGUGUACUGAAACACUGCAAUGUGUCUCAAAUACACAACCCCCAGCCCCUGCAAUGGAAAUGAAACAUUGGCAACUUACGGUUCAUAUUCUAUAGGUUGGAACUGUUAAGGGCAACUUAAACUCUUUUUAAUUAAAUAAACUGAAUUUAUGAUGUUAAAAAACAGUCAGGAAGACCUUAACUAUACCUGGUGCCAUUUCAGUUAUGAAGUGAUGCUUGUAUGUGUUGAAGAUACUCUCAUUUGCAGAGCAUUUUGGCAUGGAAAGUUCUCCAGAUAUGUUAAAAUUCUUCUUAUUGAAUGUUUUACUUCUUAUUUGUGUACAAAAGAGAGAAUUUUCAUUAGAAGUUUGUUGAAUCUACACAGGCAGUUAUUAUUUGUGAAGUGGCAGUGGUAUACCCAGAGGAUUAAUAGUCUUUUCUAAGGAAUCUUUUUGACAAGAGCCAAUGGAUUAUUUUGGACAUGCCAUGACAGUGUCUGAUGAAACAAAAAGCAUUUUUCUGAAGUGUUACAUAGGUAUGCUGCAAAAAAAAAAGCUAUUUUUUGUAAAACCUCGAUAUUUUACAAAUAAUGAAGUCACACAAUAGAUUUCCACUCAAACUUAGGAAGAUCUGAAAGGGGUGUGUUAGGGUACAUAAGAACUUCUUUGCAAAGUGUGUUAUGUAUAUUAAACAAGGUGGGCAGUGUGCUACCUUGUCUUCCUUGCUUAUUUAAGAUAGAAGAGUGCUGAUUGUUUUGCUUAUAUGUCAUCUUCAAAUCAGGCCUGCGAUGAUGAAAAAAAAUUAAUGUGCUUCUGCUUUAUAAGCAGUAUUUUUUAAUUAAUACCAAUAUCCAGAAUACAAUAACUAUUUUGCAAUUUGCAUGUUCAGAAAAGUGGAACUGCCUGUGAUGUAUUUCUCUGCAAAACUGUUAUUAAAAAAAUUUCAUCUUUAUUUUUAUAUUUCAAAAGUAGAAAUUAUACCCUCUUCCAGCUGAUUCAGUCUCUUAACAAUAUGAGCAAAAUCUCCUUACACUAAUGUAAAUGCUGUUGGUCUAACGUUAAAAGAAGGCAGUGUUAAACCAAGUAUUAAAAAGAAAAUAGUCAUGCUAUUGAAAACCCAAGCAUGUGAUACAGAGGAAUCCACUUUGAGAGAGAUUAAAUCUAGAGUUUCCCCUUGCUGCUGAUGUGCUAAGAAAUUCAGUCGUUAACCAGUUUGGUAAGUCCUUUUUCCAGACAUCGUUAAUUAUUAUUUGUUAUGUGAGAUAUUUUGACUAAUUUUAAAUACUUUUCAUGUUCUUGCAUUUGCUGUUUCUUCCGAUAGAUGGAUGACAUACCAACACUAUCUGUGUAGAGAAAAUAGACUAUUUUAAAACUAGUAGUAUGUUUCUCACUGCUUGUAUUUUAGAAAGACCGUAUUUUGGGUAUUAACCCUGCAGUCUUGGUGAAAAUUAUUUGAACAAUUGUGAUAGUAAAUAACUAUAGCAUAACUUAAAUUACAAUAAUAUUCAGAAUUCAGGUGGAAUUAUAUUUUGUUAGUAUUCUUAAUGGAACAGACUUUAAUGUUAAAUUAAAGAAAGCCCAGGUACGUCCAUGACAUUGUAUCAUGCCUAAAGGCUUGCUUUCCAGAUAGAUGCUGCUUUUUAUCCUGAAUUUUUACACCAUACUGCUUUAUUUUAGAAAAUUCUUUUGCCGGGAGAAACAACUAGCCUUUUUAUGCAGGCAUGAGUAUUUCUUACUGUAUAUGAAGGAAUAUACACAGCUCUUGACACACUCCCGGUUUUCCACUGUGACGGAAACAGCAGAGGGAGCACAAGAACAUCAUUUUCAUAUAGGUCCUAUGAAUAUUAGUACUUUAGUGUCCGCCCCCCCAAAGAAAAACCCCAAACCAACAACUUUUAAAAGACUUUUUUCAAAAGUUUAGCUUCUGAAAAUGCUGCACUCAUUUCCUAGUAGAUGGGAAAAAAAUCUAUUUUAAUGUGUAGUGCCAUAGUAUUAAUUUCAUGUCUGCUGGCACAAUUUUUUUCUUCAUAUCACCCAAAUUAUUUGUCAAAGAAAUUCACCUGCAAGACAGUAACCACCCCAGAGUCUCUGUGAUUCUUGGACAAAUUUUAGAUUUACCAGAGGUGGUAUCAUUGUCAGGACUGUGUGACAAAGUAUGGGCAGAGGAUGCAAAGCCUUUUCUGAUCAGAGUUCUGAGCAAGAGGCGAUGCAAGCAAUAGGUCAGGGUGCAAUACUCAUUUUAAGAAUCACAUAAUUACCUCAUUUCUGCCCAUGGGGAAAUGUGAUAUUUGAGAACUCAGAAUGGGAAAUGUACUUUAGUGCUGCUUCCUGCCUUUUACAGAGAUAAUGUCAUCUAAAUGCAGCUUAAAACCACAGAAAUAAGGAAAUUCAGCCAAAAAUAGUUCUCCUUUUCUUGAAUUAACCUGGGCAUUUUCUGGCAAGUGCAUCAUGUACCUGGUAGCUUUUACUGAGUGACACUUCAGCUACAAGUUAAAACAAGAUAUAUGAAACAGAAUAUGUUUUAAUUUUAGAAUUUCCUGGAGUUUGUGAUUUUAGCAUAGACACUUGAUAUUUCAGCAGACUAGGUUACUCGGUUUAAUUUUAUAUGGUCAGCUCACUUUAAAAGCUUCUUACCACUGUGCACGUUGUGCUGAUAAUGACAUUGUGAGUUCCUCAAAAUUGUUAGCCUUGUGGUAAAAGACAUGGAUCUAGAAGCACAAGUAGGGAUGCUUAAUAUAAUUCCUUUGCAUGAAGAAAUCUUGCAAUGCUAAAAAGUAUCGGUAGCAAAAUAUGUGCAGUAGCAGCCCAGAGAAACAACAUAUAAACUAAUAAAACGUGUAUGAAAUAGAUAUGAGGAACAGAAAUCAGGGAAAUGAAAAACAAUAAAAGAAAAUCUAGAACCAUAAAAGGUCAACCUGUUUCUAAAUUCAUAAGAGCUAACCAUAGUAGUCUUUGGUUUGCAAUGCUGUCUUUUCACUCUUACACUCUCUCAGCCUGUUUUUUCUGUCUUGAAAUCUCUACUCCUGUAAACCUGUAGCACUGAAGGAGGAUUUACCAGAACAAGAUUUCUGAAGCAGGUCCCCUGAGGCUCUAUUUUUAGGGCAACAUGGAAUGAUGCCUACUGGAGAAUACCAAUUACUGCUUUUUUCAUCCUUCCUCUUAAUUUGGUUUGUGUCUUCACAAUUCAAAUUUUUUUGGUUUAGAAAUGAAUGAGUUGUUAUUUUUCCAGCCUUCUCAUUUGUUUUGUUAGGUUGAUUCAUACUGCAGUCCUCAAAUUUUUGAUCUGCAUUUAAAAAUGCUAUAAGUGCAUGUUGAUUGGCAGCUUAUCGGUUUAUUUUAGUGUAUGCCCAAUGCUAAUCUUUUUCUUCAAUUUUUCUUCAGGAUUAUCUUAAUGUCUGCAGUUUAACUACAAGUAUAACAGCAAAAAACAGUGAUGGCUUUAGACUAAAGUUUUUUUGUUUCUCUUCGUAAGAGAACAUCUUCCAGCACCGCUGCAUUUGGAAGAUCAAAUUUGGUGUCAAGCAUCAGUGCAUAAGCUAUGAGUAGCGCACAUACUUCUGAAGAACCUAUGGAAAAAUACAUGAAUAAUGCUUCUUCCAUAUACAUUUGUCCUUUGUGCAAAAUGUUCCUGCAGAAUCCAGCACAGAUACUAUGUGGGCACAGUUACUGUAUGUCCUGUGUCAUCUGGUUGUUAAGAUAAAACCAGAUGAAACCAAGAGCAAGGAGAUUGAAGGCAUUAUAGCCAAUGGUAUGAACAAGAAUUUUCUUCAUUCAGGUCAAUCAGAUUCAUAUAAGAUAUGUAAGACCUGAACUGGUUGGAUUCCUGAGACGAUAACAAUUCUAAGGGUUAGUACUAUUGAUGAAAAUGUUCAAUAUAGGCACAGCCACUCUUCUGAUUCAGCUGCGGGAUCCUGCAUUGGGUGGAGCAAUACAAAAUCUGAGAACUGAAUCCUUAGAUGACCCAUUGUUACUGAACCUGAACAGAUGGGAGCAUUCGUUUCCUAAGCACUUUGUGCCCCAUCCACUUGCUUUGGGGUUUCCACAUCCAAUUUGUGAUGCAGAUGUUCGACAUGGAGUUACGAGUAGUUUACUUCAGAUGGCUGAGAAAACAACCAGAGGCCCGCAGGAUGUCCCCGGCUCUUCUCCUGGUGAAAAUGAAUUUCCUUUUGGAUAUCCCACUAACAUUUGUGAGGAUGUGCCUGAUCAGAAGUACCUGUGCAGCAACUGCAAUAACAUUCUGAAGAAAGCCCUGCAAACGCUCUGUGGGCAUAGGUACUGCUCAGCCUGCCUCUCCUGGAUUGUACGAAACAAUAAAAAUGCAAUUUGCCAGAAAUGUAAAGAGGAAGAUCCCAGCACUUUAAGUGAGGAAAGCCUAUUGGCAGAAGAAAGGGCUUUUGGUGAUGCUGCCAUUAACAAAGAGAUUUCUGAACUCAAAGUACACUGUGUGACCCUUGGAUGCAGUUGGUCUGGUAUCAUGAAAAAUUUUGAAGAGCAUCAGAGCUUAUGUGAAUAUGCUUUAAUCCCUUGUCACACUGGUUGUGGACACAUGGUGAUGAGAAAGAAACUUGCAGAUCAUUUGGAAAAUGGAUGUGUUAAUAACGUGACAAUGUGUCAGAAGUGUAAGCGGAGCUUAUCCAGUAGUGAAUACCAAGAACAUUCAUGCGAAGGCAAUUUAUGUAAGGAACAAAAACGUGUGCAAACAGAAACGCCAUCAAAGGAAAAGAACCGCUCUACACCUGUAAUCAACAAAGAUGGAUGUCGUUUUUCUGAAGUCGGCUGUUCGUUUAGGGGAAGCAAAGAGAAGAUAAAGGAGCAUGAAAAAACUGCAGUUGGGGCCCACAUGCUGCUUCUGCUGCAGCACAUAAAGCAACUGAAGGCAAGCUUGUGCAGUGCUGCUAAAGCUGCAAAUGGUUCCAUCCCCCAGUCAGAGCUGAAUGUGAAUGGUGCAGGAAAAAGCAUCUCUGGUCUGCAAAUCCCUGUGGGGCUGGAAAUCAAUGGGGAUCUGGAAGUAGACUGUUUUCCGGGAUCUUCUGUUUCUGAAGAUGAAUCUGUUCUGCAGCAACUUGUGAGGGAGAAAGUGAUCUCUGAGCUAGAAAAUAAGCUACAUGUGUUUGAGAAUAUUGUGGCAGUGCUCAAUAAAGAGGUGGAGACCUCUAACUUGGAAAUCACAGCCUUUCGGAGACAGAGUGAACUCGAUCAAAAUAUAAUACGAGGCCUUGAACUGAAGAUUGCAGAGUUGCACCGGUGCCUGACACAGAAGGAUGCAGGCCUGAGCAGUCUUCAUAAGAGUCUUCUGUUCUCUGAGCAAGCUUCCUAUGAUGGAGUCUUUCUGUGGAAAAUAACGGAUGUUGGCAGGAAGUUACAAGACUCUGUGACUGGCAGAACAGUCAGUUUGUAUUCACCAGCUUUCUACACUGCGAAGUAUGGCUACAAGGUCUGUCUGAGGGUUUACCUGAAUGGGGAUGGGACAGGAAAAGGAACCCACGUCUCCCUCUUCUUUGUAGUUAUGAAAGGAGACUACGAUGCUCUGCUCCCAUGGCCUUUCAGACACAAGGUUACGUUUAUGUUGCUUGACCAAAAUAAUAGGGAACAUAUUAUCGAUGCUUUUCGGCCGGACUUGACGUCUGCUUCAUUUCAGAGACCAGUGAACGAUAUGAAUGUUGCGAGUGGCUGUCCCAUGUUCCUCCCUUUGUCCAAACUGCAGUCACCUAAAUAUGCCUAUGUGAAAGAAGACACGCUUUUCCUUAAAUGCAUUAUAGAAACAAAUUAGUGAAUCCAGAGAGCCUGAGCUCCACAGAAUCGGUUCACAUCAGUUGAAGAUCUGCCUGCUGGAGUUAACUACUGCUGAGCAUGCUGAGAACUUUACGCAGUGCCCCACGGAGCGUGCUGUUGCAGACGAGAUCUGUCAUUAUUUCAUGAAAACGGCCGAUACUCCCGGUUCAGGUGUAGGUUACAGUCACACCCCUCCCUGCGGAUGCACUUGUGGAAAAGGCGCUGUUCUUGCCUGGGUGUCUGGCAGGGAGCUCCCCUCUAGCACCCGUGGGUCAGGAGGUUUCUGGGAUGCAGGGGGUGAAGCUGAGCUUUCCCCACCCUCCAGCAGCGCCGCAACGUGUGCUGCUCCCUGUCCCGGGAGGCACGGGGCGAGCACCUGUCAGACUGCGCUGGCUGGCAGCCCUGACGUGGGAUUUUGGCUGUUCCCCACCAGGGACAAGGGCAGAUUCCUUCCCCUGAGGCACCGAUCGGGUGUCUCUGUUUGUGCUUAUUGAUGACCUUGAAAGCAGUGAGUUGUGGAUAGCAUUUGUAGCUUGAAUUCGUUAUACCGGAUGAUUUAUUUCUUGCUAUUUAUUUUAGACCUGUAUUUAUGUGCUCUGUAAAGAGAUGUUCUAUUGCAUCAGCAAUCGGUGACCAGAUUACACUGUGCCUUGGGGAAAUUACCUCUUGUACUUCCAAAGGAGUCGGUUGACUUUCCCAUUUCAGAUAGGGAACUCUGAGAGUUGUUAACCCUGGGAAUUCCGGAGCUGCCAGUCCAAGCAGCGGUAGGGACCCCGCAGUAGCUUUGUUUUAAAGUGUUCGGUCACUUCCUGAACCUUCAAGGCAAGUGACUUAUUAGAAAGUAUUGAUCUUUUUUUUUCCUUGCUUAAUUCUUUUUAUGUGCGCUGAUGUUUUUCACAUGCUAAAAUAGAAGUAACUACUAGAAAUAUUUUUGUCUUUUUUUAUUAAAUAGAAGUAAGGAGUUAAUUUUUAUUUUAUAAGCAAGUCAAGCUUGGAAAUGUCUGGAUGUGCGCGAAGUUCAAAUGCUACACCUUACCCCCAAAAAGCAGCAAGCCUUACCCCCUUCCUUCCCUGCUUAACAACUGUUUGAGAGAAUUGGUGGAGUUGAGCUGGUUUUGGUGCAGCAGUUUCUGAACUUCAAGCAAACUCACACCGCAGUACGGUUUGCUUGUGCAGGACUGCGAGCUGUUCCGCAGGACAGGCGGGACGGCAGUGCACAAACCCGGCGGCAGGUGUGUAUGUAUAAGUGAAAAACCUUUAUGCACUUACUCUAUUCAUUUUUCCUCUGCAAUAUUUCCCACCUCUCAACUGAAAACACAAAGCUGACAGACAAUAUUGUGCCCGCUGUGGGAGGAGGGAAAGGAGAAACUGUUUGUCCACUUAUAUUUUGCAAACCAUGAAACCGCAGCCCUCCAGCAGGGCUGGUGAAAUGUCAUGUGCUGUGACUAACCUUCAGCCCGACUGCUGGCAUAUGAGGAGAUUUUUCAAAUCUCUUAUUUCUAUCUUGACAGCAUCCUUUAAAAUAAUUGAUUGUGAUGAAGUGUCAAAUUUAAAAAAAACCCCAAACCACCCAAAUAAACAAAUAUCUAUCAAAGCUCAUUUGGGAAAGAACUGGAUAUUCUUUGCCAUCACACACACACAGAGUCUCUCUCUCUCUUUUUCUCUCUUCCAUGUUUAAAAUGUUCUUUCAGGGACAGAAAGUUAUUUUUCCAGUAAUGUGCCAGACCCUGUAACCACACUGGAGUAAUAUGCCUAAAAAUAUUAUGCUUUUCAUGGCUGUGUAAUUUUGACAAGUGCUGUAUUUAUUACAAUCAUUCAUAUUUUCUUACAAUUUUAUUUAUUUCCUAAAUAAAGCGCACUAACUAAAAAAA